AGCAAAUCCAUGGACGAUUCAAGUCGAAAAAGUUAACAAAGCUGCUGGCCCUAGUGCGAAGAAACAGGAAUUUGAGCGGUUUAAACACUGUGCUCUAUAUGGUGUGCUGUUCAAACGCUAUGCAAGGUGCUCAAUCGACAGGGAAUCAACAGUAAAUCCAGCAGUUUAUAAAUCAUUUGCAGAGAGGCCUUCAAAGAGAGGCUGCUCUUGUCGAGCAGGAGCGGUUGAGCGGUACGUUGAUGAUCCGAUGCUAACGGGCCUCUUAUUGGCUAAUUUUGGAAUUUGCAAAGAUUACGGAGCGAUCCAGUAUUGCCGUGCGAUCCAGUAUGUCGUCCGAGCCGAUCAGCCUUCCAGCUUCCAAUGUAGGUAAGAAUGGCACGAACAACGGGCCAGAAAUGUUCACCGCUUACAAGGACACCGCGCUGGAUCUGGAAGAUCCGCUGGUUAACGAGCAACCAAAGUCCGUGAGAGAUGAGAAACAACAUAUCGCUAAAGAUAAAAAUUAUAAGAAGAAGAAAACGUGGUCCUUCUGGUUACUUGGUCUAGCGGUGCUAGUGUCCGUCAUCAUAGUAACCAUCGUCUUCCACAACAAUCCAACAGUGCUUUCGUGCCCACAAAUAACGACUUCGACAACAUGGAAAACGACCAUAGCCACCACAACUGAGACAACAGGUGCCCUCUCAUCAUACAAUGAACCAACGAGUGAACCAGAGCAUACUAGCGAAACGGAAACAGUGUGGACGAAUAAUAGGGAUAACAUUAUGGAUCAGAGUUUAGAACCAGCUAAUAUGGAGCGAGGUGAAUUGGGAAGAUAUAAUUAUUCGCCAGAUAACAGCUUUGAGUGUAAGACCAGUGGCUGUGUGACAACUACGUCCGUCUGCGAUGGCCAUCCGCAAUGUCCAGAUCAGUCGGAUGAGUGGAACUGCACGCAGGUAGAUGCAAAAGGAACACUACGAUUGAGGCGCAACUCAGUCGUACAUCACACGGUAUGCGGUGAUAGCUGGAAUACUGAACUGACCGACUUGGUGUGCGGCGAGCUGGGUUAUUUUGGCGGCGCCAACUUCACAGUCACCAGCGACAGUAAGCGAUCCAAAGGUUAUAAUAUGUACCGGGUGACGAAGAAGAAUCAACUAGCAUUCGAGUUGAUCAAUUCAACGCAAUGCAACCAAGGGAUUGUUAAACUUCAAUGCCAAGAGUAUCAUUGUGGUCGCAAAGUCAAUAAAUCCACGAUUGAUGAGCGUUACGAAGACAGACGCAUUUCCGGUCACACCAGUUGUGCUAGUUUGGCGCUUGCCUUCAACAACAAUCCGGCCAUCAAGUGUGCGGUCAAUAUCGUAUCCCCGCGCUGGGCCCUCACUAGUUACACCUGCAUCAAGGGCAAGGCGGAGUUUGCAGAUGAAAUAAAAUGGAAGCUGUUUGCUGGACUGAUUAAGUUUACCACAUUAGAAGAACAGCUAACAACACCGCAUAUCGAAGAAGCGCCACAGAUUGUGAAUAUUAAGCGAGUCGUACCUUAUCCUCGGAACAAUCAGCCAAUGUACUCCGAUGAUGCGGUACUGCUAGAGCUGGCCACUCCUCUGCAGUUCAACGAUGUCAUCGGCAGUGUGUGUCUCACGGAGACACCAUCUACCAUCGAUCCAACGCAACGGUGCCUUACCACUGGAUGGCAAACCGAUUUCGAGGAUACGACUAUAACGGAGCAGUAUUUGAUGAAUGUAUCCGCGGGGAACACUCACUCAGGGCGUUGCAACUCCUACAACAGAGAGCUUCCUGACAACACCAUCUGUGUAGAGCCUCUGACCAAAGCCACUUGCUAUAACGAUACAGGUGCACCCCUGAUGUGCUACGUCGCCGGUACUGGCCAGUGGCAACUGCAAGGUAUUCUCAGCAAUCAUGGCAACUGUGAUAAGCGUCGAGCUAUCUACAAUUCUAUUAACCCCGCCAUUGCCACCUGGAUCCGUAAUACGGUCGGUAAUGGCCGUAUGUUCGAACAGGUGAACUUGAAUGAUAAUAAUAUCGACAAUACACCAUUAUAGAAGCACAAUCCAACCAGACUACUAGUCAGCCAGAUAUUUAUCAAAUGGAGUUUUUUCAUCAAUAUUUCCAUUGUCUUAUCGUUGUAUGUGAAGGUAAAAGAUGAAAAUCGCGGAAAAAAUGUGACCACUCACAUGCUAACAUCAGCAGGAAGUGAGAGUGAGGAUGUUGUUUGCACCGACAAGCACGAUAAACAAUUUACUCAGGAAUAAACCACACUGCUUGUUUGCCAUUCGACUACUAUUAACUAUGACUACCUAAACAACGCA